AUGUCUGCAGAUAAUCAGCUGUUGUCUCAAGCACCGGAGCCAUUAGGAGCCGUACCUGACCAGAUCCUUCGGGCUAUUACAUUGUUCCUCCCUCGCCCUGAAUUCUCCACCCGCAUUCGGACGACAACGCAGGACGACGUGCGGAUUACUUUGGAAAAGUCGACGCAAGCAUCGCAGAGAUCAGAUGACUUGACAGUGACCCGUCUUGUGAAGACUCUCAAAAACGAUGCACAUCCACACCUGAUGCUACUUACCAGCGAUGGAACUACAACACCAGCCACGGUGGUAGGGGUAUACUUCCCAGGCCCGCUCUGGCUCGGGUCAAAUGAAAGAGAGAAGUGUGAAUUCAAGACCGGCACUUCCCAUCUCCUCUUUCAGCUUGGGCCUCAGUUCCGCCUUCUCCGAUGGACCUGCCCUGGCAUACCACUCACGGACAUUGUCAAUACACAUGAAGAGGCACUGUCGCUCGAAGCUAUCGCGGCAAGUGAUGAAACAUCUCCGACGUCAAACAAGGCCUACUGGGUCGGAGACCCGGAGAGAAUCGGUCCCGGCCUACAAAUUGACCCUGAGACGAAGUCGGCUCUGCUGACGAGCAAUCUUACCGACGCCAAUAUUGGACGAGCAGCCUGGUACAACGACGUCGGCAGAGACAGUGACCGUGGUGACGAAGCACCCAAAGAGCCUUGGGAGGUGACUGUCAAGCUUGGUCAGCUCCAUUUUUUCCGUGUUUCGUGCAGGAUAGAUGCAGACCUCGCUACUGGGCGGAUCAUCCGGGCUAAGGAUCAGGCUAGAUAUAUGCGGGAGGCAGCGAAACCAAGGAUCGAGGGCGAGGAGCUGAAAAAGAGAAUUCAAGGAUUCGGAUCUACUUCAUGA